AUGCCGCUUCCCUCGCUCCGCCCUUCCGUCAAGAAACUUCGCCUCCAGUUGCGAGAGCGCACGGAGAAGAUCCGCCACCCAAUUGCCACCUUCAAGGCGGCCAGUCAAUCCGCCGAGCCAGCGACAAGCGCCAAGGACGAGGAGACCGCCGCAAAGGUGUGGAGAGCGGCGCUGGAUGCUCUCCAGUCAUCACCAGAAGGGUCAUUGACCUACCUGAUCAGUUGUGAUCUCGGUCUCGCUGCGGCAGUAGCAACGCGGCUAGUUAUUAAGCACGCCGAUCACGGGAUCGCGCCCAUCGCGGCGCUGACAGCAUAUUGUGAGGCAGAGGGGAACGAAAUGUUGGCGGAACGGAUCAUUGAUCAAUUGGUGGCGGAUGCAAAGGGGUGA